GUGUUGUUGCUAGCCGCGUGCCGUGCAGCGAUGUCGGUGCUGCUCUGCCUCGCGGCGGGAGCGCUAUGCCUUUACCUAAUAUUGUAUUACAAUGUGUUCAAAGGAGCAAGGUACUGCAGCUCAGUGAAGCUGAGGGGGAAGACGGCCAUUGUUACAGGAUCCAACACUGGCAUUGGCAAGUCCACGGCUCUGGACCUGGCCAAGAGAGGAGCCAGGGUUAUAAUCGUCUGUCGCAACAAGGACAAAGCUGAGGCUGCUGCCUUCGACAUCCGUAGAAUGGAUAUGUGUAAUAACGUCUGCAGGAGAGUGGGAACAAUCAGGUGGUGUUCAUGCAGUUGGAUCUGGGGAAUCUCGAGUCUGUUCGCAGCUUUGUUAAAACCUUCCUGGAGACGGAACCCCGACUGGACAUCCUCAUCAACAACGCAGCGCUGUGUUUCAGGUGUGGUGGGCCAUGGACAUACAGAUGAUGAUUUUGACUUGGCGUUUGGGGUCAACCACUUGGGUCACUUCCUGCUCACCAACCUUCUCCUGGAGCGCCUCCAGAAGUGCGGUCCUAGUCGUGUGGUCACCGUGGCGUCCAUUGGGCACCGUCUAGGCAAAGCUCACUUCCCCCUGAUGACCUCUAAGAAAGACUUGGUGUCUGGUCAGUCUAUGUGGCGCAACCUCCAAGCCUACUGCGACAGCAAGCUGUGUAAUGUGCUCUUCACCAGGGAGCUGGCCAACAGGCUCGAGGGCACCAGCGUCUCCUGCUUCUGCCUCCACCCAGGAUAUAUCAACACAGAGCUGCGUCGAAGCCUUAGCCUAUGGCAGCAGCUCCUCCUGAUUCCCUUUGCCAAGCUCUUCCUCCAGGAUCCUGAGGGGGGGGCCCAGACCACCCUGCAUUGUGCCCUGCAAGAGGGCAUUGAGCCUUUUAGCGGACGCUACUUCUCUAACUGUGCGCUGCAACAAGUGGGAGCCAAAGGACGGGAUGAUGCCUUGGCAAAGAAGCUGUGGGAAACCUCAUCUCCUGCAGGCCCAUCACAGAAGACAGCUGUGUUGUUCCAGGCCAAAGGUGUGUGCACUUCUCCUCCUGAUCUAUAGUUCAUAGAUGUUCUGUCAGUCCUGCUCCGCUCUCUGUUGGAGAUCAGCUCAUUGAUGACUUGUGUGUUGUGUUUGCUUUGGGCAUACUCCACAGCGCUGCAGUACUUAGUGACUGGAUUAGUGCAUCAAUUAGGCAGCUAUCGGAUGCAUAGAGACAUGCUGAUUGAUUUAGAUGCUGUGUGAGCCGUGUGCAGGUUGUUUGUUUGGGGACAAUACCAACACAUCUGAGUGAAAGCAAAACUCUGUCAGGGUUUAUAACACAUGGAGCAUGUUUUACCUGUUCACUGCCAGUGACAGUGGUGAAAAACGGUAUAAAAACAUAUGCUUUAAAUCACCCUAAACUCAACCCUCACUCAAGUUACCCUUAAAAUCCUUUUAUUAGGUGAUCAAUGUAAGGGGAUGCCCAAGUGUCCAUUCAUUUCUGAUUUUGGACACUUUAAGAGGUUUUAUCUCGCUUAUACAUUGUUCAGAUGUUUUCAAACAUUUUCAGACCAUUUAUUUAUUUUGCAUUUUGCAAUUAAAUUCUAAACUUGUUGACAAGCCAGAACUACAUCCAGUAAACUGACUUAAUGGCCCUUGCACAGAAACCCUCAUGAAAGUACUAAUGUGCAAUGCAAACUUUUUGGCCAACCUGCCUCUUGGCCAAAAAGUGGCACGUGAGCACACCUCACAGACUGCAGCCGAGCAGUCUGUGUUCCUCUUUCAUAAGGAAAACCAAAAACUGUAGAACUGUAGAUAUACAAGCCACUAUCAUGAUUCAAACAUUAAAACAAAGCAGCGUUUGCCAACCAGUUUUACUGCUUCAGUCAGGACGGACAUCUUUUGUAGUAAUAUUCAUAUAUUCUUCUUUUUUAAUUUAUCCAAACCUCAAUCUUAUCAGUUCAUUCUGUGUCUGCCUUCUUCACUUAAGUUGGAUGGUUUUUUUCUCCUCAUGUACGGAUACAAAGUACUCGUGAAGGCCGUAUUUACAUCUGCUCUUUGGUCACCACAAGGUUUGGGGUUAGGGUUUGAUGAUCUGAUUGGGGUCAAAGUUGAAAUAAUUUGAACUUUGACAACAUUGCUCGGCGACAGUCAGUACUGUCAGUGUUAGUAAGUAGUCAGUGUCAUCUAG